UACUAAAGCUAUCGUACCCCAUAUGACAUCCGAAAUAUACCCAAAAAUUGUUCACUCAACUAACAUAAAGGACGCGACCACAAGAUGGGCGAUAAUCCCAAUUUAAUGGAGCAGCGCGAACGCAUUGACAAUGCGCUCAUCAAUGCCGUCGACGACAUGGAUCGGGAGCAUUUGCGCAAGCUGCAGCUGACGAUGCACGGCUGUGCCAAGCGCUGCUGUGCCGAUAUGGACGCCAGUGCGGAUGCGGUGCAGCGUUGCGUAGAUCGCUGCCAAAUGCCGCUGACGCGCGCCCGCUGCUAUGUGCAACAGGAGCUGGCCGAGUUCGAGUCCCAGCUGGAGGAUUGUGUGCGCCAGUGCCAGCUGCCCAGCGAAGAUGAUAUUUGUGGCGGGCGUGUCGAGCGCUGCUCCUUGGACUGUGUGGAUAAGUAUGUGGCGCUAUUGCCGGAAUUAUUGAACGCCAUGCGAAUGGAACUAGAGAAGGGCCUAUAAACGGGGAGGGGGCCAAAACAGACAAUAAAACAUAUCUACGUUAUAUUCAGGAAAUGCAAAAAAGUUAAUUAAAAUAGUUGUAAAUAAAUCAAAGCUUAUCUAA